UAUUGUCGACAGAAUACUAAUUCUCCGACUACUGUCGGUGCAUCGCCAUCGUUCGGAGUCUCGGAUCAUGGAGAAACUAUUGGAAACUAUUGGAAUGGAAACCCUACAAGAAGCAGGAGGAUGUUCAUCAACUUCUAUAGAAUCUAUGGUUGGGAGAAAGGGUACCAGGAAGAGAAAGAAAAUCACUCGUGCAGAUAGAGAAACAGACACCUCUCCACAGCCAAAACCAAAGAAGGUGAAAAACGCAACAGGUAAACCCUUUUGUUGUGACAGCUGCGGUUCUCGAUUUGUUGUGAAUCCACUUCGACGUAAACCCGGUCAGAGUUCCAAGGGCAAGGCAACGCCUCGUUAUGUGGUAGAUCAGGAGAGCCAGAAACUCCUGACUCUCUGCAAUGCAUGUGGCAUUAAAAUGGAGAGAAAGAGUAGGGCGCCCCCUCGUGACCCGCCCCCGUCGGUGGAGGACAAGCAGCGUUACUAUGAGAGCGCACAACACUUUGCAGCUUCGUUGGUCGAAGGGCUUGGGGAGCCAGACGCUGAAAAAUUGACGUGUCCAGUUUACAACACCAAACCCUGUGGUUGCAUUCAAAAGUUCAUCAUUGGAGAAGGUGACAGAGAAGAAUCCAAGAAGCGAGCCAUUCAGCUGCUGAGCAUUCUUAAAGAUGCCAAACGUCUCAGGGAGAAGAAGUUCUACAAUCGAGAAGAGGUUCUGAGCAAAGGCAAAGGGCAAAGGAAGGUUGGUCUAGGUAACGGUCAUCGCAAAGCCAAGGAGUACGAGGACUUUGUGCUCGCAAACAGGAAGAUCCUUCGCGGUGACUUACGGAUGUGCGAGCGUGCAACGCAGCGUAUCCUUCUCUACUCCAACAACUUCCUGCACAAGCGCUUGAAAACGGACCCCCAGAAUCGCACCCAGAGGCUGCAGCGAACCAAGGGGCAGGCUGCACUGGGCAAACUUGUGGACGUGGAGAAGCUAUCUGAGCAAACGUGCUGCUUGGAGAAGUGUGUGCUGUUGGCACGUACACACAGUCUGCUUCUGAACCAGUGGAGGGACAGAGCAAUCUCCGGGCAGACGGAGGCUAGGAAAGUUCUUGCUGAGAUGCUCACACCUUCAGGUCAGGGAUCCAACUGCGCCCGUUUCAUCGCCAUGGUAACAGGCAGCAGCAUCACGACCAUCGCCAGGGUCAAGGACCAGAUGUGCAAGACGGGCGGGGACCGGGAGCCGCCCCAGCACGGCCUCAAGAAGUACUGGAAGAACCACCCCAGGAGUAAGACCUUGGGUCUGCUCGGGGAGGAUGGAGAGGUGCUCCAGGGCUCCAGGGCGGGGUCGGCGGAAGCUGGAGCUGGGCAGACAGGAGCACAGGGAUCUCUAAUGACCGUGGCACAACUGAUAGAGCAACAGGAUCAGUUGAAAAGACUGCAGCAACAACUGGAGGAACAGCAGCAACAAGUCAGACAACAGCAGAGACUUGUAGAGCAACAAUUAAUACAACAUCAGCUGAGGCAAAACAGGCAACUGAAACAACAGGCUGCCUUGGCUGAAGCGCAGAGGAAGGUCACACGUCAGAUACGAGCUGGAAACUUGCCUGGUAGCUCAAAGUCAAGUACAAGCAAUACUGCUACCGCCCAUCCUACAGCACAGAACAUGUCAACAAACAGAGGGACGAAUCCGUCUACUCUAACGAUGCAGCCUCUAACAGCCGAUCAGCAAGGCCGUAUCUAUGUACAGUCCCCUGUAUCUACCAAUCAGCAAGCCCAAUCUACGGCAACACAGUCUCAGCCAUCCAAUCAGCAUGUGCCUACUAUUGUAGGCAUGACUAUAGAGCAACAACAGCAGCAACUUCAACAGCAACAUCCCCUGACAGCUACAGUGGCAGGGCUAGAGGGCAUCGAUGCCAAGCUGUUGCAGCAGAACUUGCAGCAGAUCCUUGUAGAACUGCAGAAUCAGAUGGUGACGCAGCAGAUUCAGCAGCAGCUGAUAAACUUUGGGAUGCAGCCGGGCCCGAGUGGUGGAAGCAGUCAACCCCCGAGCUACAGCACGGCAGUUGCAGCAACAAAUAACUCCCAGGUGCUGCAGACAUCACCACCGCAACAACCACCACCACAACAACCACAGCAACAGCAGAAGACACAGAAAGAUGGUUCACAACAGACACAGAUCAUCAUACAGACUAUUCCAAGCCUGCAACCCAAUUUGUUGCUGAGUAGCAAUGGGCACGGUAUACCUGGUAGCAGUAAUAUGCCACAUUAUGUCAAUACCUCAGCAAGCGGGUCCAUGGCUCGUCUUAAAGCAGCUGAUAGUUCUCAUGUCAUGGUUCCUAUCACUCUCCAUCACCCUGGUGGCCCCAUCGCAGGAGGAGAUGCAGUCAAUGUGGAGGAGGUCAAUGUUCAACUCCAAGAAGUGGUCAUGCCUCUGUCCACCCAGGAUAGCGAAGCUUGCAACCUGGUCCUACCACGGCAGCAACAGCUUCCCACCAUCCUGCAAGGCACUAUCCAGCAACACCUAUCGAGUCUUGGCCAUCUGGCCAGCCAUUCUUCAGAUUCGGGUACAACCCGGCCAACCACCACCAUCAGCAUCGAGAGCCUGUGUGGCAACCAGCAAACAUCGCCAGCCAACAUGGGGGAUAUCGUUGUGACAGAGGUGGACGAUGGCACCCGGAUGAUGCAAGGUAGCGGCGAGGAGAGCAUCCCAUCCGCUAUCCCUCUGGUCGGAGGGGUUUCCGUAGAGACGCUCUUGUCUCCGGAGGCUCUCCAUCUCUUGAACUCAACAGGGCAGGCAUCACUGAAUGUCUCUUUAUCUUCCGCAAGGACUGUGAAGCCGAACACACCAGGGGCAGGUGCCUUGUGAGAUAACUAGUUUGGUAGGAUGUGUAUUCUCUGUUUUUAUGCCUCGGCUACAAAGUAGCCGGAGGCAUUAAGUUUUUGGGUUGUCUGUCUGUACGUCCAUACGUCCCGUUCUCGUGAUCGCGUUAUCUGAAGAACCAAUUGAUGGAUUCCUGCCAAACUUUGUUCAUGUAUGUAUUUU